AUGUGGUUGUCUUCUAUCUAUCUUAUUUUUCUAUUAGAUUCAAUUUUAUCAGCAAAAUAUAAUCGUAUAUGUUAUUUUACAAAUUGGGGUGCACAUAGAUCAUUAAAAGAAUCUCGACUUUAUCCAGAAGAUAUUCCACCAGAUUUAUGUACACAUAUUUUAUAUGCAUUUGCUAAUCUUCAUGGUAGAUCAUUACAACCACAAUUAACUAAUGAUAUUAAUAUUUAUCAAGGAGAAAAACCACUUUAUCCUCGUAUGAUGAAAUUAAAAGAAAAAAAUCCAAAUUUAAAAAUUUUAAUUUCAUGUGGAGGAUGGGGAAAAGCAGGAGAUUUUGAACCAUUAGUUGGAUCAGAUUCAUCAAGAGAAUCAUUUAGUCAAAAUGUAAUAACAUUUUGUCGUCAGUAUGGUUUUGAUGGAAUUGAUUUAGAUUGGGAAUUUCCAUCAGCUGAACAUCGUGAACGUUUUGGAUUAUUAACAAAAACAAUGCAUAAAAUGUUUAAAAAAGAAGCAAAAACAUCUAAAAAAGAUCGAUUAUUAAUUAGUUUAGCUGUAGCAGCUGGAAAAUAUUUAAUUAAACAAGGUUAUGAUGUACCGGUUUUAUGCAAUUAUGUAGAUAUGAUUAACGUUAUGACUUAUGAUUUAUAUGGUGGAUGGUAUAAUAAAAUUGGUCACCAUAGUGCCUUAUUUCAUCGAUCUGAUGAAACAGGCAUGGAUAGAGAAUUAAAUACAAAUAGUUCAAUGUAUAAUUGGGUUGAAGCAGGUUGUCCACGCAAUCGUCUUAAUAUAGGUAUUCCUGGUUAUGGUCGAGCUUUUACACCUGAUAGUAAAGAUCCAUUAAAAGCACUUGGACAAUUUGGUGGUGGUACUGGUUCAGUAUCAUCACCUUAUUUAGGUGAAAGUGGUUUACUAACUUAUUUUGAAAUAUGUAAAAAACAAUUAAAAGAAGGUUUUAAACGUUACUGGCAUCAACAACAUCAAAGUCCAAUUAGUUUUAAAGAUGAAACAUGGAUUGGAUAUGAUGAUCCAGAGAGUGUUAAAAAUAAAUGUAAAUAUGUCAAACGUGAAGGUUUUGGUGGUGCAAUGGUUUGGACAUUAGAUAUGGAUGAUUUUAAUGGACAAUUUUGUCGAAAAAAUAAACAAAAUUCAAUACAUAAAUUUCCAUUAGUUAGUGCAAUAAAAGAAGAAUUUGAGAUAGAUGAAUUAACAACAUCAAUAUCAACGUUAUCAAUUGAAACAUCAACAUUAUCAAAUGAAACUAUCAAAUGUUUUUCAAUGCAUCAUCAUCAUCAUCAUUAA